AUGUCGACGGUCGCAGCGCAGCGCAUGGGCUACGCGCCCUUCCCGAACCAGUGUUUUGAUCCCGAUAUGGACUCACUGGUCGACUUCAACGCCAUCCCCUCGCCUGGUCCCGCCAGCUCCUCGUCGCAAAUGCCUCCCUCGAGCGUCGCAUCCACCAUGGCGAGCCCCGCCACCACCAUCAUGCCGCUGGACCAGGCCGAGGACCACCAGACCCCGGCCAAGCCCAGCCACGAGUACGACCUCUUCAAGCAGCAGACCGGCCUGCCUUCGGGCUCUGUUCCCGGCAUCAGCAUGUCGCAAUCCGUGGGCAACAACUACGCCCAGCCCUUCAGCAACUCGGGCAUCGGCUUUGACGACGGCUGGGGCUCCGGUCUGGGCGACAUGGACAUGGACAUGGGCAACAACAUGUCCGCUUUCUUCUUCCCCCAGGGCGAGAACAGCCAGAACGAGGACUUCGUCGACCCCAGCGCUAUCCAGGAGCAGCCCCAGCAGGUGCGCUUCUUCCCUGGAAUGCACCAGCAGCAAGCUGCUCUGGCCAAGGCGCAGGCGCAGGCCCAGCAGCAGAGGCAGCAGCAGAUGCUCCAGCAGCAACAGCAGCAGAGGGAGCAGCAGAACCGCGUCCACCACGUCCAGAGGAAGUCUGCUCAGUUCACCGAUGCCCGCACCGAGGAGACCAUUGCGCGCGUUGUCAACCAGAUCCGCGCCAACAGCACUCUCAGCUCCAACGGCUCCGACUGCGGCUCCAACCCUCUUCCCCACAUCAUCAAGAUGAAGAAGGACGAGGAGGACAUGGACGAGGACGAGAGGCUCCUCGCUAGCGAAGAGGGCAAGAAGCUCAGCAGCAAGGAGCGCCGCCAGUUGAGGAACAAGGUUUCCGCCCGCGCCUUCCGCUCGCGCAGAAAGGAGUACAUUUCCCAGCUUGAGGGCGAGGUCGCCACCAAGACCAACGAGAACACGGAGCUGCGCAUGCAGAACCGCGCCCUCAUGGAGGAGAACGCCCGUUCGCGUGCCUUCAUCGAGCGCCUGCUUCGCCACCAGGCUUUUGGCCCCUUCUUGGAUGAGCUCAGCCGUGACCCUGCUCUCACCGAGCCGGCUAAGCCUGCAUCGGCUCCCCAGCAGCCCGCUCCCCAGAUGAUUAAGCAGAGUUCGCAGAACAACUCUCAGAUGGGCAUGUCGAUGAUCCCCGAGCAGCAGCCCAACAUGUCGUUCGACUACUCGUUCAACGGCGGCUUCAACUUCAACCAGCCCCAGGUCUUCGCCGUCCUCGAGAUCCCCGAGGGCCCUGCCAACCCCUUCGACACCGAGAUCCUCUCGGGCAAGGGCAGCUCCGGUGCUUCCCCCGUCGAGGCCAUCACUGAGAUCAAGCCCGACUACCCCGUCAUCGAGCGCUUCGAGGCCGAGAAGCCCGCCGAGGCCGUCGCUGAGGCUGAGGAGGUUGACGAUGGCAACCCUGACUUCGCUCUGUACUACAACUCGCCCGCCCCUUCCACUGCUGCCCCCUCGGAACGCAUCUUCGGUGAGAUCGCUCCCGAGAAGGCUUUCGCUCGCAUCGAGGUUGUUGUUGCUCAGGAAACCCCCGCGCAGCUGCAGCAGCGUCUCGAGCGCACCAUCGCCAAGUUCGAUGCCGUUCACACCGACGUUACCGCCAUUCAUGCACUCCGCGAACUGAUAGGGAAGCUCAAGCCUCAGCCACAGGAAAUUGAUCACGGUGCGGUGUCCCAAAGUAACAAAGCGCCCUUCAACGAGCAGUUGCGCGCCCCGCCAGGUUUUAAGCAAACCGUCGUCCGCCGAUCUCCCACCCUCGAACGGAGCAGACCUGCCUACAUCAUCUACUCGAACGAGCCAUGCUAUGAUCGACCGUUUACGACCGACCAGAUCUUCACUCCAUACCGCCCGUACAGCCCCACCUACGACAGACGCAUCUCCAAAUACCUGAAUAAAGACUACUUCCAGAGAAGUAUGAAGGCCUACAUCCAGGUUCUCACCACGCCAACGGCGGACACGCCCGGCACCACCCUCCUGCUUCACUUUGACAAUAAGCGGUACCUAUUCGGCAGCUUGGGCGAGGGCACACAGCGGGCAAUGAACCAGUUAGGCACGCGCAUGCUCAAGACGCAGGAAAUGUUCAUCACCGGCCGCAGCGAGUGGUGCAAUACGGGCGGCUUGAUGGGUAUGAUGUUGACCCUCUCGGACAUUUUGGCGGCACACAAUCUGGACAAGAAAGAGAGGGGCCUCGAUGCAACGCCGAAGGUGCUCUCAAUGUUCGGUCCCCCGAACCUGAACCACACCAUCGCCGCUUGCCGGAGGUUCGUUUUCAGGAAGGGCAUGCCCAUCAAUGCGGUCGAUAUCAAGGAUGAGGCGGUCAAGAAGGACGAGAACGGCGAUCCCGUCCCGCUGUUCGUCGACGAGAACAUCAAGGUCUGGUCCAUGUCCAUCACUCCUACCGGCGCUGAACGCCCGGAACGGCCGUCGACGACAUCGACGUCGAGAAAGCGGAGCUACGACGAAGUCAACGGCCCCGAGCCGGCGGCAGACGCGCUCGAGGAGGAAAGCCCGGAGGCGAAGACUGCGAGGUACGAGCAGAUGACCCGCGCGGUCGUGAACGAAAUGUUCAACUCGAACUGGCGCCUGGAUGCUCUCUCCGAGAAGCCCUUGUCCGAAGUGAAGCUGCCGGCCACCAUCUUCAUCCGGAAUGCGCAGACAAAAUCGAUCGACAAGUACACCGGUCCCGUGCCUAAUCCUGAGAACCCGGACUUGAGGGUGCUUGUCAGAGAGCCCUGGCCCGCCGUCAAGACCCUCGCUCUGCCGCCUACUAAGCCGGCGCCCCAGGCUGUCUCUUACAUCAUCCGCACCCAUUCUCAGCGGGGCAAGUUCAUGAUUCAAAAAGUCAUCGAACAUAAAGUCCCCAAGGGUCGGUUGUGGUCCAAGCUUCAGGCCGGGGAGUCUGUGAAGAACGAGCUGGGUGAGACCAUCACUUCUGACAUGGUUCUUGGACCUCCGCGGAGAGGCCGAGGAGUCGCCAUCAUUGACCUUCCCGCGCCGUCGUACGUGGAGCCUAUGAUUCAACGGGAAGAAUGGACUCGCGAAGAGAUUAUGAACGGCGUCGACGCUUUCGUGUGGAUGCUCGGCCCUGGCGUAGCUGCCAAUCCCGCGCUGAAGAAGUUCAUGGCGGAUAGGGCCCACUUGAAGCACAUCAUUUCCUCUGUCGACGUUUUGCCCAACCGGAUCAGCUUCGAUAGCGCCAGUAAAGGAGCCAUGCGUCUUAGAGCAGUGGACGAGAAGCGGUAUGGCAUACCCCAUUACGACGAUGAGACGGUGCCUCAAGAGCGGUUCGUGCCGUACAAUUCUCAAAAGGAGGAGCUUCCCGAGCAUGCUACGCCAGCAGAAAGAGGUCUUGUACUGCAGCUAGAACCCAAGUUCGAGAUGCAAGACAAAGAUCUUAUCAAGCGCUGUAACCCGCAGAAUGGCAUGGAAGAUCUUCCAGAGGAGGUCUUGAGCCUGGCAAAGUCCGUCAAGGAAAGCAUACAGAACUCAUCCGAGCAGUUUGAGAAGUGGCGCCGCAAGACUCCCAUGCCUGAAGCUGAGGUCAUCGCUCUUGGUACCGGAUCUGCGUUACCUUCCAAAUACCGCAACGUAUCCGCCACCUUGGUCCGCGUCCCAGGCUACGGCUCGUACCUGCUCGAUGCCGGUGAGAACACGAUCGGCCAGCUGCAGCGUGUGUUCAAGCCCGCCGAGCUCGCUCAAGUCCUCAAGGAGCUCCGCGUCAUCUGGAUGAGCCACAUGCAUGCAGACCACAUUCUGGGCAUCGUAGGCGUCAUCAAAGCAUGGUACGAGGUCGUCCACGGCUGCCAGCCGACGACGGAGACGGUCUUCGAAGCCAUGACGGCGAUCAAGGAGAACCCCAGCCUGGCAGCCGAGAAGAAGCGGCUGGCCGUCAUCUCGGACAUCAACAUGGUCAACUGGCUGGCCGAGUACGCGGCCGUCGAGGACUUUGGCUACAGCCGCCUAUGGCCGCUCGCCAUCACGGCCAACCUCGCCAAGCACGACGUGGCCGCCACGCUCCGCCUGCAGCACCCGCCGUCCUUUUUCCCAUACGACACGGUCACCCCGGCCAUCGAGAUCCCGCAGGAGCUGUACCCGCACCUCUUCGGUCUCCAAGACGUCCAGGCCGUCUUCGUCAACCACUGCCACGGCGCGCGCGCCGUCUCGCUCACCUGGCCCGACGAGACGAGGGCGGAAGAAGUAUCCGAGGACGAGGAGCCAAAGCCCUUCAAGGUCAGCUACAGCGGCGAUUGCCGCCCCUGCGCCGACUUCGCCCGCAUCGGCCGCCACUCGACUCUGCUCGUGCACGAGGCCACGUUCGAAGACGGCCUCGAGGGCAACGCCAUCGCUAAGAAGCACAGCACCACGUCCGAGGCCCUGGCCAUCGGCGCACGCAUGCGCGCGCGCAUGACGCUGCUCACGCACUUUAGCCAGCGCUACCAGAAGCUGCCCGUCAUGGAGCGCGAGGAGGCCGCUCCUACCGCCGCGGAAGACGACAAGAUGGACAUCGUCGAUGAUGACGUCGAUAUGGAUGCUAUCCGCGAAGAGGACGACAUUGUGGUGCCCGAACAGCAGGACGACGAAGCCGCUGUGCCUGAGCAGGAUGAAUCGGUGCCGCUGGAUAAUCCAGACGGCCCGCCUAAGCCUGCCGUGUCGACCCCGUUGCUGAAGACGGAAGAGAGCGGCGGCGACGCGUUGGCGACGCGGAUCAAGUCUCGCAGCGACAUGCGCGUCGGCGUCGCGUCCGACUACAUGCGUGUCAAGCUCGGCGAGUUUGCGGAGCUGGAGAAGUUCGUGCCGGCGUUGCAGGCGCUGUUGGCGGAGGAGGCGAAGUUGGAGGGGGAGGAGGAGGAUGAGGUUUCUGCUGAGGCGCAUGGGGUGGGGAAGAAGGAUAAGGGGGACAAGGGGGAGAGUAAGAAGAAGGAGAAGAAGGAGAAGCAGAAGGGGGAGAAGAAGGAGAAGCAGAAGCAGAAGGAAAAGGAAAAGCAGAAGGGUGAGGCGCAGCAGCAGCAGGGAGAGGAGGGUCAGAAGGGGAAGAAUCAGAAGGGGGAGCAACAACAGCAGCAGCAGCAACAGCAGAAGCAAGAACAGUUGGAGGAUGAGGCGGAGGCGGAUGAUUUUUAUACCAGCAAAUCGUGA